AGCUUGGCUUGGAAGGACUGGAAGCCUUCAUGUGAUUGUAUAUCUGACGCACUGGUAGCAAGCAUCGUGCAAUUGAGGUUGACGCACUGGUAGCAAGCAUCGUGCAAUUGACAAGCGUCGCCAUGCCUGGUGAAAACUUGAUUUGUGUGUGGCAAACUUUGUUUGCAAAGGGUCUUCAUAACAAGAGCGGAGACAUACCAAAGCAAUCCAUCAAAGAAAUAGUUUCAGAACUUGCAGAUCUGGAGUCUGUUCAUUAUUCUGAAAGAGCAUUCCAAGAGGUUUUUGAAAGUGUCGAUGUCAUCACUUUCUCAUCUUUCAAGCGCUACGUUGAUAGCCAUCUAAGGGAAAAGGGAUAUCCGCUCCAUGUUGUUUCCGGUGAAAUAGAAAGUAAAUGUUGGGAGCUUUGCCAGCGAUACUACAAAACUACUCUCAACAAAGAAGACACUCGAAAACUUUGGCUGAUAUCAAACCGUCUGAUAGACGAAAAUUCAUAUCCACCAGUCAUCCGUCAGAGGGAGGUGAACUGGUUCAUGGAAAAAAUGUUCACAACCAUUGGAAAGAUGUGGCAAUGCGGUGAAGUCUUCAAAACAGAAGGAGCUACAUUUCAAAAUCUCGUUAGCAUAAUCGAAGACACAGUUUUACAUGAGACAUCCCAGGACAAAAUGCAGAAGAGCAUGAUUACUCUGUACACUAGUAUUGUCACAGAAGUAAUGAAGUCCGGGUGGGUCUACAAACGUACCAGGAAGCAGGCCAACUGGACCACCUGGGUUCACAGAUGGUGCAUCCUUACACCAAAUAAAAUUGCUUACUUCAAGGAGGAAAAUGCUUCAUCAAAGUCAGCUGAAACAAAAGGAGAACUCUUGAUAACAAGGCACACAAAAUUACUCGCUCUGAAUGACUACAAUGGUCUGAUUCACAAACUGAAGGGUCGAUUCAUGGUAUCAAAUGAACCUGUCAUUGAUAUGGAAAUAGCUGUUGGUAGUGCUGAAGAAAAGGUGUCGUGGCUGUCGGCCCUUGAUGAAUCCAUUAAGUGCUGUAGAGAAAAAACGACACCUAUUCAAAAGCUAUUAAACGAGCGACGGAGUCUUGGGGUGAAACAAGAGCACGACCAGAUCCAGAAAGGGGAUAAAGCCCCAUCUUCAACGCCAAAAAUUAUAAUUUCAGGCGAAAGUGGAAAACAUGUUCAAACCGAUGACGGCGAAGACAAAAAGGAGAUGUCAGAAAACCUUAUUUAUGCAAACGCGGAAAAAUUGAAAGCCGUUUUCAUGAAAAUGGACAAAGACGGGAAUGGACUGAUCGACAUCGAGGAGUUUGCAGCGUUUCUUCAAAGUAUUGGCCUUCAAUUGUCAAAACAAGAAACAAAUAUGAUUUAUAAAAGUGUCGACAAAGACGGCAAUGGACGUAUAUCGUUCGACGAGUUCCAGUUAUAUUUUUCCAAACACGUCAUGGAUGAAACCUGCUCUGCAGAGUGCGUAAACGCCAUGAGAACGGCUUUCAUGGAAGCAGAUAGAGAUGGCUCGGGAACUCUUAGUUUCCGAGAAUUCACAGAGUACAUAUGGGACAAAAAAAGAUCAAUCAGAAUGUCGAAAGUUAUGAAGGUGUUUUCCGAAGCAACCAAAUCCGGUUCAGAAGAAGUGUCAUUCACGGAUUUUCAGCAAGUCGUACAAAAAGAAGCAGCUAACCUCAUGAUGCCAAUAAUACAAGAAGCAAUAAACGAAGGUGAAACAUCAGAUGUUUUUCGAGAUCAGCUGAAACACGCUUACGACGAUACGGAAGCAAAGGAAUUAGCUUCUUACAUUCGAGGUAGAUGGAACAAAUUUGCAACGUUUCGACGUGCAGGGGUUACUGGUUCUGUAGUCAUGAAAGGUGGACAUGGAAUGGUGGCAGAUUUUCUUCCAGGAGAAUACAGUCUGGUAGAUCUAGCAUGUUUCAGCGACCUCCCGCCACUGGUUCCAAAACACACCGUUAUUAAAGGAGUGAAAUGGGUUUCUAGCUCAGUUCCUGGAAAGUCUGGAAAAGCGAUUUUUCCAGAGGAUUUUGAUGGAAAGAUUGAGACGGAUCUUGCGACAAAUGAACUUCUCCGGUACUACGGCUGUAGUUUCGCUGAUACACAACAAGAAAAGGUUUCCCUAUUAUAUCGACAUGGUAUCCAGGAUUUUACAUACGAAAACGGAUAUCUGGAGAAGUACGUUACAACUGCAAAUGGUGGCGCAGGAAUUGAAAAACACGAGUUUUCACAUCUGGAUUGUCCUUUGAUUGCAAAUUCAGGAACAUUCGUACUUGGGAAGUUCACAGAUGACGAUGAGAUGCAUAUCACUGGAUUCAAAAUCCCAGUGAGGCACACUCUGUAUAUACCAGGUGGAACCCUCCACUCCAACGACUAUUUGUCAGGGACGUGGAGGACGAUGUUGUCCGACGAAACGGAUAUUGAUCAUGUGCAUCUUACAAGAGCCCUUAGCACCGAAAAUGACGGGAAAUACGAUCAGUUCCAGUUUCAGUUCGUUUAAAAAUAAACUGAGUUUUCUAUUCAUCAUUACAUUUUGUAUAGGUGGAUUAGACUGCACGGAAAAUUAGGACCCACUUUGUAUUAAAACAUAGUAAUUAAUCCCUUUUUCUUCUUGUGAACAUGCUAUGAUUUUUCGUGUGACAUGUAGUUUACAAAAAUUUAAGAGGACUUUAUAAAACAUUAUUUUGUGUUGUUUUGUACGAUCAUUAAUGUGUGUUUCGGAAGUUAGUUUAAGAACUCUUUAGAUCAUCCCGUAUUGUCGAUGUAGUAAAUAUCUUAGUAGUGGCAUGUGCUUAUAUUGUUAUGUUUAUCCCAUAUAUACACAUACAUGUACGUUUAUAUUGUACUUACAUUUCGUUGUUUUUCAUUUAUACAUGAUAUAUACAUCUAAUUCUUGUGAUGAUAUCUCAUUAUGAGUUUUAAAACCCGAAUCAAAUACCAUACAGCCAUUCGUGUUUAAAGAAUAUUAAUCAACCAAUUCACUGAUAUGUACGAGUCCCAUCGCGAUUACUACCCUCGCGAAAAUGUCCAAGAUAAAAACGCGAUAUCUUUAUUUGCUGAAAUGUCGGAUCUUUUUUAUUAAUUUGAUUAUAUAUUAAAUGUUAAAACUUCUAGGUAGUCAGUGAAAAAAGAUGCGCCGAUGCAAUAAUAAAUAUCGCGCUUGUUUUCACCAGACAGACAUAUGAAAGAUGCAAAUCUUGCAUCUUGUGCAGUACUUUACAUAGUAAAAUCUCUAGGUAGUCAAUACGUAGUCAGUAAAACAGAUGCGCGGAUGGCGGAUGCAACAAUAAAUAGCGCUUUUCGAUCCCUUUUAUCUAACAGACAAUCUUAUUAAAAACGAUGAUCCGAAGUUAAUGUCAAUUCUCGCAUCUUUUUUUAUCGAAUUUUGAAGUUUUGAAUUUGAAAGAAAAAAGAUGUGUGUGUGUGUGCGUGUGUGCGUGCGUGUGUGUGUGUUCAUUGAUUAAUUAUGCUUUAUGCUUUAUAUAUAUAUGAUGAUGUAUUCUUAUAAUAAUUGUGCUUUAAUGUUUUACCGUUUGAAAGUAAAUAUCCUAUUUGUAUUAGUAACUUAGUAGUAGUAGCAGUAGCUCUAGCAGUAGCGGUAGUAGUAGCAGUAGCAGUAGUAGUUCAUGUAGCAGUAACUUCCAUUAAUGUCAAUAUUGUUAUCCCAUUGUGAUUUUCUUGUAGACAUACAUAUGUAGACAUACUUUUGUGUCUAUGUUGGUUUGUGGAUACCAAGCCGGACAGGGUACUCCGCCCCUCCACAACACAAGACCAGACUCUCGCGUAACAUCAUGUCAACGAGAGUAAUUUAUAUAAUGUAGUAAUAACUUGUUUCACAAUCGUUGUAAAAUAAAUCAGUUUAAAACAA